CCGCCUUUCUACCAGCGGAGAAGAAGACGCAGAGCAAACAAAUGGCGGCGCCCUCGGAACACGUUGAACCCGCUGAAACUGACACCAAAGAAGCUCCGGGAACCUCCAAUGAUCCGGAGACCUCAGACCCAGAACCGGCAGCUGAUCCGGAUGAGGAUGGGGAUGAAGAAGAGGACGGAACCGAGCCUCCCGAACCAAAGAUCCGGGACACCCCUCAGGACAUCAGACUGGAGGCGAUCGCCAACACGGUGGACCUCCACCCGACCAGGGACCUGCUGGUGUUCGGGGACAUCGACGGGGACGUGUACGCCUACAGUUACUCGUGCACGGAGGGGGAGAAUAAGGAGCUGUGGUCCUCAGGGCACCACAUGAAGUCCUGCCGGCAGGUCCGGUUCUCCGCGGACGGACUGAAGGUCUACACCGUGUCCAGGGACAAAGCGGUCCACCUGCUGGACGCGGAGCGGGGGCAGCUGGUGACCAGGAUCCGCGGGGCCCACGAGGCUCCCAUCAACAGUCUGCUGCUCGUGGACGAGAACAUCCUGGCGACCGGGGACGACCGAGGGACCCUCAAGGUCCGGACAAGGGGUCCAAACUUGGCGGGGUGUUUGAUUCGUUCAGAGUGUGUUUGAUUCAUUCAGUGCGUUUGAUUCGUUCAGAGUGUUUGAUUCUUUCAGUGUGUUUGAUUCGUUCAGAGUGUGUUUGAUUCAUUCAGUGCGUUUGAUUCGUUCAGAGUGUGUUUGAUUCGUUCACCUGUAGAGUGUGUUUGAUUCGUUCAGAGUGUUUGAUACUUUCAGUGUGUUUAAUUCGUUCAGAGUGUGUUUGAUUCGUUCAGAGUGUGUUUGAUUCGUUCACCUGUAGAGUGUGUUUGAUUCGUUCAGAGUGUUUGAUUCUUUGAGUGUGUUUGAUUCGUUCAGAGUGUGUUUGAUUCGUUCAGAGUGUGUUUGAUUCGUUCAGAGUGUGUUUGAUUCGUUCAGUGUGUUUGAUUCGUUCAGUGUGUUUGAUUCGUUCAGUGUGUUUGAUUCGUUCAGUGUGUUUGAUUCGUUCACUUGUAGAAUGUGUUUGAUUCGUUCACUUGUAGAAUGUGUUUGAUUUGUUCAGAGUGUGUUUGAUUCGUUCAGAGUGUGUUUGAUUCGUUCAGAGUGUCUCUGAUUCGUUCACCUGUAGAGAGUGUUUGAUUCGUUCAGUGUGUUUGAUUCGUUCAGUGUGUUUGAUUCCUUCAGAGUGUCUGUGAUUCGUUCACCUGUAGAAUGUGUUUGAUUUGUUAAGAGUGUGUUUGAUUUGUUCAGAGUGUGUUUGAUUCGUUCAGAGUGUGUUUGAUUCGUUCAGAGUGUCUGUGAUUCGUUCACCUGUAGAGUGUGUUUUAAUUCGUUCAGACUGUGUUUGAUUCGUUCACCUGUAGAGUGUGUUUGAUUCGUUCAGAGUGUGUUUGAUUCGUUCACAGUGUGUUUGAUUCGUUCACAGUGUCUGUGAUUCGUUCACCUGUACAGUGUGUUAUGAAUCAUUAAAGUUGGUAUAACUAGAGAAGAAAGCGGUCGGCAACAUUCCUCUCCAGAGGGCGUGUCUAACUCGGUGUUAGGGUGUGUUUGACCCUAAAUUAAUUUUUUGCCGGAAUAUCCCUUUAACAGAUACUCUGGUUUGUUUGUCUCUGGAGGUGUGGGAUAUGAGGAAGGGGACGGCCAUCAUGGAUCUGAAACACCAUGAGGACUACAUCAGUGACAUCACUGUAGACCAGGCCAAGAGGAUCCUGCUCACCACCAGGUAACGAAACAGCGUCUCAUCUCUAAACAGCUGUUUUCAAGGUCCUUGAUUUGACGGGAUCUCUUUCUGAUGCAGCGGUGAUGGUACCAUGGGGGUCUUCAACAUCAAGAGGCGGAGGUUCGAGCUCCUAUCCGAGUCCCAAAGUGGCGAUCUGACCUCCGUGGCGAUAAUGAAGCGGGGUAAGAAGGUGGUCUGCGGCUCCAGCGAGGGGACCAUCUACAUCUUCAACUGGAACGGCUUCGGAGCCACCAGCGAUCGCUUCGCCAUCAAGGCUGAAUCGGUAGAGUGCAUCGUCCCCGUCACUGACAACAUCAUGUGCACCGCCGCCAUGGACGGGUACAUCCGGUGAGUCAGGGUGGCGUUAUGGUCUCUGACUCUGCCCUUGGCUGAGUCUGAGUAGAGGUUUUGAGUGUUACAAAAAAUCUUCUAAUAUCAGUCAAUAGUUAUUAGUUAUUGAUGACAUUUGGUAAUAUAUCGAUAUCUCUGUGUUCUCUUAUGUCUGUGUCGUCAACAUUUGAACAUUUUUGAGCGGUCCGCUCUUUCUGACUGUAAACAAAGCCGUUCUCCACCUCCUCUAACCUGAUUGGUUGUGAGGCAGACGCUGCUCCCCCGUGUCGUUCAGGAGCCCAAACAAAGUUAGCGUGCUACAAUAUCGGACAGUAGAAACCAACCAGAAAGUUCGGAAAAUUGUCCGAAUCCUCCUUUGGCCACGACUGCCGACACAAGCAAGAAAACAAAGUAAAUACCGGAGACUCUGGAGGAAUAACGGGCGCUUAAAACGGAGGUAGACCGGACAAGAGCUAAAAAGCCGGGUCAACAUAAACCAUGGGGGACGCUUGGGGAUCUUGGUGACCCUGUAACCUUUCUGCUGGACAGGUAAACCGCUUUAACAAAGUAAGACAAGUGUCUGUAACAGAAGUGUUUCUUGUCAAACGGACCUGCUGUAGCGUGUUGUAGCGCCAUCGCUAAACUGUCCUCCCUCGGGUCCUGGACUAUGUCACUUUAUCCUCGUUGUAGAAGUCCUGCAAACAUCGUGUUUGCUGGUAGUCUGUUGGCGUCUACAGUAGCACCAAUGCUUUUGACUUUCACCUUGACUGGGCCCCAUUUGUAAUGAUCUGAAGGAUUUAUCUGCAUUAUAUCUGAAUUUAAUUGGAACGAUACGAGCGAGCAGGAGCGCCUGUUUGUGGGCGGGGCUUGAGGGAGAGGAGGAGCUGAGGGGAAAACUGGUUGGGAGGGGUAGAGUUUACAUUCAAGAUUUCUCCUAAAAACUGGAACUAACUCAGAUCCUGACUACAACACCUUUUAAAAGGGAUAUUACAGACUACAGCGGGGUGCCGCAGCUCAAAGAAGAACAUUUCUGAUCAUUUCUUCAUGGACAUACAAUCAGACCGAGACGCUAAGGCAGAAGAACUACCACGUCUGCAGAGCAAAAUGAUCAAUAUGGUGAUUAUUACUUAAAGGAAAUGAUGAAGAAAUGAUCAUUAAUGUUCUUCCUUGAGCUGUGUCACCCCGCUGUAGUCCGUAAUGGACUGGCCUGAGGUCUCUGUACAAACAAGCGUCUGCUGGAAGAGAGUAGGUGAGUUGUAUUUAGUCUCUCUGCUAAAGUUAAAAAGAUGUUUGGUGUCUAGUACUAUGUCUGUGACCCUAUAUGUCCUGUUGAUGAAGUUAGGUGCUGUUCUGAGCAUUAUUUGUGGCUAUAGAGUGGCGUUUUGGUUGAGGGCGUGGCUCUCUGUAUUUCUAUCCUGCGGUCGUUACUAAAGUUGGUAUAACUAGAGAAGCAAGCGGUCGACAACAUUCAUCUCUGGAGGGGGGGUCCAACUCGGUGUUACGGUGGGUUUGACCCUAAAUUAAUUUUAUGACGGAAUAUCCCUUUUUAAGAGACUUUCAAUAAAAGAAUGAUAAAAACUUAGCCCCUAAUCUGUAAGAGUUGACUGAUUCUGUUCCCUGUAAAAGUCUCUGGACCUUCUUGCUACAGGAUAACUUCCCCAAAAUGCUGUAACCCGACACUAAACUUGUUUCUUUUCCACCAGAGCCGUCAACCUCCUUCCAAACCGGGUCAUCGGCUGCAUCGGACAGCAUGUCGGCGAACCCAUCGAGGAGCUCGCCAAGUCUUGGGACUCUCGUUUCCUGGUCAGCAGCGCCCACGACCAGCUCAUCAAGUUCUGGGACAUUUCCAGUUUACAGAACACAACCGUCAACGAAUACCGAAAGAGGAAGAAGAAAGGCGGACGGAUGAAGUCUCUGACGAAGAAAGCCCACGGGGACAACGACUUCUUCUCAGGACUCGUAGAGGAAACAGAAAAAAAGGAGGAGGAGGAGGAGGAGGAGGAUGACAGCAACAGUGGCAGUGACUGAAAGACCUGUGCUUGGUUUCAUGUUUGAAAUGUGAUUUUACUCUUCCUUUCAGACCGAUUCUUUCCUCAUGGCCGGAUCGUCCAAAGUGCCUUCCAGUGCCUGAAGUAUGUAAAGUGUUGGUGUCUCAUUUUAAAGAGAACAGACACUGAAUAAAGAGAGGUUAAUGUCCUCACAGAGACAUGACCAGUGACCGUUAAUGGACAUGGACAGGCUUUUGAACACAGUUUUGGAGAUACUGAUCCAUGUGGAAAGCCACAACGCAAAGAAAGAGGUCAGUCGGCCUCAGUUUUUCUGUCUGCUGUGUGUCUCCAAAAAAGGAAAACGUCAUUGAAUGUUGUUGAAUAAACAUAACUUGGUUUUGAAACGACUGAAGAAAUGUAAAAAUGGGUAAGUCUUAGAUUUUAUUGGAGUUUAAAGUCAUAUAAUAUUGUAAAUAGUCUUAUUUUCUUCCUGAAAUUUGGACGGCCCUUUCACUACAUAAAAAAACAAAACAAAAAUUAAAAAUAUAACUAACGAAACCACAAAAAAAACAUAUUAAAAGCAAAAGUUUUUUAUAAAUAAAAGCAUGUGUUCAUUUUUUUUUAUUUUCAAUUUACCAAUAUUUAUGUUGGGUCUUAAAGAAAACUUAUUUUAAAACUUUUAAUUUUUAUACCUUAUUUAAUUCAGUUAUUAUUUAAAACAGUCAUUCAUUUAUUCUUCCAAACAAGGAAAAAUCUCAAACCUGUGAAUGAAAAGGAGCAGAAAGAAGAAAACUCCUCUUUCAUAGGAUAUUCAUCAACUAAACACAAUAAUAACUAGAAAAGCACUCGGAGAGCGCAGACCUCCGCCAAGCAGCUCAUGUCCCCCUUAUAUUGUGAUUCACAGCAAAACUUUCACUGUUACGUGUCUUUUAUUAACGUUUAUCUGUGUUUAAACUGGUAUGUUCACUGUUCAGAAUGUUCCUAAAACAAGAAAUGCCCUGACCCGGAUUCAAACCCAGGACCUUCUUACUGUGAGGUGGCAGUGCUAACCACUACACCACUGUGCCGCCCAUCUACACCACUGUGCCGCCCGUCUACACCACUGUACCGCCUAUCUACGCCUAUCUACCGCCCAUUGGUUAUCUUUCAGCAUUGAAAAUUCCAAAGACACCCUUAUUUUUGUGUGUUCUGGAUCACAGUAUCCAGAGUUUUGUCCGGAUCACCACCAAAAUGUAAUGGGAUCCUCCUGGGGCUGAGACGCUCCUCCGGUGAAAAUUUCAGGUCAAUCCGUCAGUAACUUUCUCUGCCGAAAACAUAACCUCCAACAAGAGCUGCAGACCAACAUGCCUUUUUAGACUUCAUUAUUUCUUAUUCUCUAAAACAAACAGACAAGACCACGUUAAUUCACACAUUUUCACAAAAACAAAUAUGCACAGACUUGUUUUAACAUAUUUCGCUGUAUUUACUCGACAUACUGACUUUGACACUUUUUUAAAGAUCAAAUCUGAUUUAUCUUCUUUAGUUUCUUCGCUCACAUUGUUCCACAAACUAAUUCCUCUCACUGUAACUCAGCGCUCCUUCACUUUAGUUCUCAAUCUUUUUAAAUAUUUCAAAUCCCUUUAAACUAUAAUAAACUUUCUCUUUUUUCUGGAUGUUGACUGGUAAAACUUUCCUAUGAGUUUUAUACAUAAUCUACAACAUACUGAUAUCUACUAACUCACUGAAUCUCAACAACUGCAAUUUAACAAAGAAUGAACAUUAAUCGAAAGAAAGACAAAGAUAACGCGCAGGGUUACCCGUAGGUGGUACCAUAGAUAUCUAUAAGAAAGGCUAGAUGACUUGAGGCGGAGUCACCGGCGUUCCUACACGGCACCCAUCUAGGCACAGAAGACCAAUUAAGUUAUGGUCAAACACACUGUAACACUGAGUUAGACACCCCCUCCAGAGAUGAACGUUAUCGACCGCAGGAUAGCAAUACAGAGAGCCACGCCCCCAACCAAAACG